AUGCCGCAUAGUCAGAAAGCUGACCUGCUCCAUCGCCGUCGAGAACGGAACGCUUCAAAGAAGGCAGCCACUGCUGUGCCUUCUUCUGGUGAAACGAUCCGUUUUCAAAGACCUGUCGAGAAUAGCCGAGAUUAUUUUAGUAGUACUCCACUAGGAUAUACUCAGACUGGUGUUGUUUUGGUUGGCGCUGUGGAUAGUUCCAUCCCAGCUUCUUCAUCUUUAAAUGACAAUAGGGAGAAUCUGUUCAUUACUCAGUCAGAAUAUGUUACUUCAGCUUCUUAUCCUACGCCAGCCUCUCUUCCGUGGCAACUUGCUCGAGGUAGGAAUCUUCAGCAUGUGCCUUCCAGAUUAUCUCGGCUAGAAAAUAUUCCAACCCAAUCUGCUAUUCUUCCUCCUACUCCAAAUUGUGAACACUGUGGUGCCAAACGCUUCCCUUCAGAACCUCCUUCUUUUUGUUGCUCUGAAGGUGAAAUCUCUGUUGUUGCUCCUGCUAUGCCUUAUGCUCUUAAACGCCUGUUCAUUGGUAAUGAUGAGGAAUGCGAGCACUUUAGGAAGAACUCCCGUACAUAUAAUAAUAAUGUGACAUUCACGUCUUAUGGUGCUAAGUAUGAUCAUGAGCUGACAAAAAAUACAAAAGGGGUUUAUACAUUUCGAGUCCAGGGCCAGGUGUAUCACUUCUUGGAUGGUCUAAUCUCUCGGUCUGAUAAAUCCUCGGGAGUUCAGUUAUAUUUUUUUGACACUGAUGAAGAGCAAACAAACAGAGUUCAAAAUUCUGAUAAGCUUCGGCCGGCCACCCUCAAGCUUUUAAUGACAAUCCUGCAAGAAAAUCCUUAUAGGCGGUUUUUUAAAGAACUUAGGCAUGUUCAGGCCAUUGAGACCCAUACUAUAGUUCUUAGGUGCUAUUCUGGCCUAGAUCAGCGUGUCUUUAAUCUUCCUACUGCCUCUCAAGUUGCCGCUAUAUGGACCGAGCCAGAUGAUGAGUUGGCUGAGAAGAGCCCCCACAUUCAGGUUUAUAGCCAUUCCAACGCAAGUUAUAGGGUCCAAUCAUAUUAUGCGUGUUACGAUCCUGUUCAGUAUCCUCUUCUCUUCCCUAGAGGUGAAUCUGGUUGGCAUCGUAGGAUCAAGAGGCUAUUCUCAAAAAUGAAGAAACCUGAUACUGAUGACCCAGAAGUUCAUGUUGAUUUUUCUUCUGCCCAGGAUCCUUCUGCCUUAUUCCACUUUGAAGAUAUAGCUGUUCGGCAAAAAACCUCUCAAGACUAUACUGUUUCUGCUAGGGAGUACUAUUGUUAUCGGCUGCAAAUAAGAGACAAUGAUGAUUCUAUAUUGAUUCAUAGCCUGAGAUUAUUUCAGCAAUUUGUUGUUGGUACAUAUAUAAAAAUUGAAACAUCUAGACUAGAUUUUCAUAGAAAGCGGCAAACUGAAAUUAGAACAGAGAUCCUUCAAGGGGUUCUAGACAGUGUUGCAAUAGGCCAAACACAGGGGUCUAGAGUCGGCCGUCGAAUUGUAUUGCCUGCUUCAUUUAUUGGCGACCCAAGGGACAUGAGAAGAAGAUAUCUUGAUGCAAUGACCUUGGUUCAAAAGUACGGCAAGUCUGACAUAUUUCUUACCAUGACUUGCAAUCCGAUGUGGAAAGAAAUUCAGGAGAAUCUUCAAUACCAUGAAAAACCACAGGAUAGGCCUGAUUUGCUGGCUAGAGUUUUUAGAGCUAAGUUUGAAAUGUUAAAGGUUGAGCUCCUUAAGAAACAGAUUUUUGGUGAGGUUGCAGCCUGUGUCUAUGUUAUUGAAUUCCAAAAGCGAGGCUUUCCACAUGCCCAUUUGCUGCUUAUUCUUAAAUCAGGCUCCAAACUAUUGAAUCCUGAAUCAUAUGACAAAAUUGUUUGUGCUGAAAUACCAGACCCUGUGAAGAAUAGGCAUUUAUAUUCCCUGGUCAUUAAGCAUAUGAUUCAUGGCCCCUGUGGUUAUAGGGAUAAACAAAGCCCGUGCAUGAGAGCUGGUAAAUGCAAAAAUCAUUAUCCUAAAAAUUUUGCUCCUUAUACAGUUCAUGGUGAGGACAGCUAUGCAUGUUAUAGAAGAAGAGAUGAUGGCAGAAAAAUAAAGGUGCGCAAGCAUGAGCUCAACAACCUAUGGGUGAUACCUUACAGCCCAUACUUAUUAGCUCUAUUUGAUUGCCACAUCAAUGUUGAAAUCUGCUCCACUGUUAAGCUUGUUAAGUACCUUUACAAAUAUAUUUUUAAAGGUCAUGAUCUUAUCAGCUUUAAUCUUGUUGACCAAGGUUCUUCUGGUACCAUUGAUGAAAUUAAUUCCUUCCAGCAAGCACGUUGGGUUUCACCUCCGGAAGCUUUGUGGCGAAUAUAUGAAUUUCGCCUGACAGAAAUGAAUCCAGCUGUUUAUACCCUCCAAGUCCACCUUCCUGACCAACAAUUUGUUUCUUUUGAUAAAAGUUCAGAUUUGUGGUAUCUGUUAAGGAAGAUUGAUUUUUCAAAGACUAUGCUGACUCAGUUUUUCAGAAUGAACAAAACCAAUGCCACAGCUCAGAAUUUGAAAUGUUUAUAUAGAGAUUUCCCUCAACACUUUGUGUGGACACCAAAGACAAAGACAUGGUCAGAGAGGAGUCGUAGAACGGUCAUAGGAAGGCUGGUUACUGUUGAACCUAGAGAAGGAGAAAGAUACUAUUUAAGACUUUUACUCACACAUAUUCCAGGUCCGACGUCAUUUGAUGACUUACUUAUGGUUAGAGGUCAUAAAACAGCCUCUUUUAGAGAGGCCUGUUUGGAGUUAGACUUGCUUGAAUCUGAUUCUUACAUAGAACAAGCAUUAGAGGAAACAGCUCAAUUCCAGAUGCCUUAUUUGUUAAGUUCAGCUCAUCGACAUUGCACGCCGAUAGAGAUCAAAAGAAAAGUUCUUUGGGAUAUUAAUGUAACAUUGGAGCACAUGGGGAAAACUCUCGAUGAUUAUCAUUUUCUUGAAGAUUCCUUUGCAUCUUGCCAUGUAUCCUCCUCAAAGGGUCAAGCUUUCUUUGUAGAUGGUCCAGGUGGAACCGGGAAAACUUUCUUAUAUCGGGCGCUUCUUGCUUCUCUCCGCUCACAAGGAUAUGUCGCAAUAGCAGUUGCCACAUCUGGUGUUGCGGCAUCACUCCUCCCUGGUGGUAGAACUGCACAUUCAAGGUUUAAAAUCCCUUUGGAUUUUUCAAAACAAAAGGCUUGUCAAUUAAGUAAACAAAGCAGUGUUGCAAAACUAAUUGUUGAUGCUAAAUUAAUCUUGUGGGAUGAAGCUUCGAUGGCAAAAAGAGAAGCAAUAGAAGCGUUUCAUUGUCUUCUUACAGAUAUAAUGGAAUCUGAUCUGCCAUUUGGAGGAAAAACAAUUGCUUUUGGCGGUGAUUUUCGCCAAACCCUGCCUAUUGUUGAACAUCUACCUCCACCAGAUUUGGUCCAAUCAACUCUUUUAUGCUCACAUUUAUGGUCUCAUAUGUGUAAACUACAACUACGAACAAAUAUGAGAGCUGCCUUAGAUCCAACAUUUUCAGCUUUUUUGCUUAGAGUUGGAGAAGGUGUUGAACAUGUUGAUGAACAUAGUCAAAUAUCUCUACCAUCUCAUAUGGUUAUUCCUUAUCAUAACAAACAAGAAUCACUUGACAGGUUACUUGGGAUCAUAUUUCCUGAUCUGAAUCUAUACUCAUGUGAUCGUUACCAAAUGAUAAAUAGAUGUGUCCUUUGUCCAAAAAACUAUUCAGUUGAUGAAAUUAAUGAGGUGAUGAUUGCAAAAUUCCCUGGAUGUCUUCACAGAUAUAUAAGCUGUGAUAGAACUGUUGAUAGGAGAUAUCAAGCGGAUUAUCAGGACUUUCUAAAUUCUUUGAACCCAAAAGGUCUACCUCCUCAUCAACUCUUGCUCAAAGAAAACUGUCCUAUAAUGCUGCUCAGAAAUCUGAAUCCAACGGAAGGUCUUUGCAAUGGGACCAGAUUAAUCUGUAGAGAAUUGGCUGAGCACACAAUUUCUGCCGAAAUUGUCUCUGGCCUUCAUAGAGGCAAAAAGGUCUUCAUCCCAAAAAUUCCCUUGCAAACUUCUCACACCGAAAAGAAUGGUAUUCCAUUCAUACGGACACAAUUUCCUGUCCGUUUAUGCUUUGCAAUGACAAUCAAUAAAUCUCAGGGUCAAACUCUUGACUAUGUCGGAAUUUACCUCCGUGAACCAGUCUUUUCUCAUGGCCAGCUUUAUGUUGCUCUCUCUAGAGCUAGGAAUUCUUCUGCAGUUAAAGUUUUGAUUGCUUCGGGUACUUCUGAUGAUGUCAAAACUGAUUGUAAAACAAGGAAUGUUGGAUCACAAGUGGAGGGAAUUAUAUUCAAUCAUGAUAUCCCUAAGAUCAGCCAUCGCCUUCAGAUUUAUAAAAAGUAUCUCAUUUCAAAUGCCAUUGUAAGGCUCAUUCCAGAAAAAUAUCAAACUUCUGACCUGAAGAUCCAGUGGGUUCUCACCAGCCGAACGGUCAUUGAACCAGCAAUGAUGAUGAUGACAUUCUCCCUGUGA